CCAAAUCCCAUAUGAUAACUACAUCAAAGCCAUGUUGUGUAGUGCUCCAAAAUUCAUUGUAAUUGUAACCCACUUUGUUUUCUUUUUCUGGUUUUCAAAAUACAAUCGGAAAUUGUUGAUAAAUAGCUGCAAAAUAUCAAAUCAUAUCUUUAAGAAGAUUACUUUGCCCUUUCAUCUUUCUUGAGCAACAGUAUCCGUGGAAAAUAUUCCAUCUUCAAUUCUCUGUAUGGAGUUUGGUGCCCUAAGGAAAUCUAAAAGCAAGUGGUGAGUUUGUUUUGGGGUUUAUGAUUUGCAAACAGUUGAAAGUUGGUGUCAUCACAUCAUCACAGGAGUCAUUGUAACUUUCCCAUAAAGCACCUAGUUCUGUUCACUUGUUCUCUCUGGUGAGCUUCAGUUGAGCUAUAAUGGCUGUCUUUGCCUCCUUUUCUCCGCCCAAUUCUCGUCCUUUCAGCUUUCCUUGACAUCUACUCUCAUGGGUUUUCUCUAUUUUCUCAGUUUCAUCUCUCCCUUUGUUGACGGUGAUGUGUGUUGUGGUUCUUGGCUUCUUCUUCUGUGCCUUGAUUCCAAGAUUCCUCAUCAUUUUUAGCUUUUCCCUACCUUUCCCAUCUGAAAUAAUUGCUUUGUUUGCAGUUCUGCUUUCACUUUUCUAGCUAAAUUCGAUCAAUGCCACCCUCAUAUUUCCCUCUUCGGUGGGAGAGCACUGGAGACCAGUGGUGGUACGCUUCACCAAUUGAUUGGGCAGCUGCAAACGGCCACUAUGAUCUUGUGAGGGAGCUUCUCCACCUCGACACCAACCUCCUCAUCAAGCUCACCUCUCUAAGGCGAAUUCGCCGCUUGGAAACAGUGUGGGAUGAUGAAGAACAGUUCGAUGAUGUUGCCAGAUGCCGCUCUCAAGUUGCCCGGAAGUUACUCCGGGAAUGCCAGACCAAGAGAGGACACAACUCUCUCAUUAGAGCAGGCUAUGGUGGAUGGCUUCUGUACACUGCUGCCUCAGCGGGGGAUGUGGGUUUUGUGAAGGAAUUGCUCCAGAGAGACCCUCUGCUUGUGUUUGGAGAAGGAGAAUAUGGUGUCACUGACAUAUUUUAUGCUGCGGCCAGGAGCAAGAACUCUGAGGUUUUCAGGCUGCUGCUUGAUUUUUCAAUCUCACCGGGGUGUUUUAGGAGCAGUGGAGAGGAAUUGGAUGAGCAAUCGGAUGAAGUUUCUCCAGAAUUUAGGUGGGAGAUGAGGAAUAGGGCUGUUCAUGCUGCAGCUAGAGGGGGAAAUUUGGAGAUUCUGAAGGAGCUCCUUCAUGAUUGUACUGAUGUUCUGGUUUAUAGAGAUAUGCAGGGGUCUACAAUCUUACAUACAGCCUCUGGAAGAGGACAGGUUGAGAUAGUUAAGGGCCUACUGGAAUCCUAUGACAUUAUCAACUCUACAGACAAUCAGGGGAACACAGCAUUGAAUGUGGCUGCUUACAGGGGUUACUUAACUGUGCUAGAGGUUCUAAUUCUUGCAUCUCCCUCUUCAAUCUUUUUGACAAACAAUUAUGGGGACACUUUACUCCACAUGGCAGUGGCUGGUUUUCGAAGCCCGGGUUUCAGGAGACUGGACCGGCAGAUUGAGCUCAUGAAGCAGUUGCUACGUGGGAAGAUUGUGAACAUGGAAGACAUCAUCAAUGCCAAGAACAAUGAUGGAAGAACUGCUCUUCACAUGGCUGUAAUUGGGAACAUUCAGUCAGAUGUGGUGGAAUUGCUGAUGACAGUGCCAUCAAUUAAUUUGAACAUCCGGGAUGCUGAUGGUAUGACUCCUCUAGAUCUCCUCAAGCAACGCCCACAAUCAGCUUCUUCUGAAAUCUUAAUCAAGGAGUUAAUUUCAGCUGGAGGGAUAGCCAAUUGUCAGGAUUAUAUGGCAAGAAGUGCCCUUGUUUCCCACCUGAAAAUGAAGGGUAUUGGGAGCAGCCCGGGGACUUCUUUCAGAAUCUCAGAUGCAGAAAUAUUGUUGUACUCUGGUAUUGAGAAUGCGUCCAAUGCCAGCCCUGAUCCUGCAAGUGGAGAGCUCAGUUCAUGGUCCAGUGAACUUGAUCACCUUGACCCUGCAACAGAUAUCAACUUGGCUGAUGAUAAUAAAGGCUCUGUAAAUAAUGCUGCAAGGCGCUUGAAGAUCCUUCUCCACUGGCCCAGAAAGCAAGGAAAAGCUGACAGCAAAACAUUGGGAGAAGAUGAUUCUUUGGACUCAUACAAGAUAUCUAGAAAUCUAGAAGAUGAUCCGACCCCUCUUCGACACAGAUUCUCAAAACUCACAUCUCUCCCAAACAAUAAAAGAGUAGUCUCUUUCAGGAGCUUACUCCCAAGCCCUUCAACCAAGAAGAAAUUUGCAGUAGGCCUAAUGCAUGGUGUGAUCCGCGCAAUGCCCCAAUUAGCAGACCCAGCUGAAUCAUCUUCACCUCCUUUUUCAGAAUCGCCUGUGUCAUCACCUAGAUCUGCAGAGAAGCAGAAGGGCAUAGCUAUUGAGAAUGGCACUACUGGACCCUCUACCUCAAAUCAGGGGGUGAAGGGUGGAAAACGAGAAAUGAAUAACAAACAAAGUUCCUUCAACAAGAAGAUGAUGAACCAAUACUUCUGCUUCGGAGCACAAGGCAUAGCCGUGGAGAAUUCGAUUCGCAGCCAGAGUUACAGGCAUGCAGUUGUUUGAUGGGCAGAAGACUUCCAUUUCUGAGUGGCAGAUGUUUGCUUGUGCUGUAAUGUGUGUAGAACUCUAUUUGGGGUUUGAGCUUCAAUUUUCGGACUUGGGCGGUUUUAUAGACCGUUAGUGUGUAGGGGUUGGGCUUCAAUGUUCGGGCCUGAAUGGUUUUUAUGGGGCAUUAGUGUGUUGGGCUCAGGCUCCAAGCGUAGCUGGGCUUCCGCCCCAAGUUCUCGAGUGGCCCGAGUCUCAGGCCAAUGGGCCAAAUCUACAUCCUAGCAUCAAGAAACACUCUCUCUUAAGUAAAACUUUGCCAGUAGAACUUGCUAGAGAUGCAACCGAACCCCUUCCCAAUUUAAGGAUGGAGGUGACAUGGGAAAAGUUUGAAUGGGUUAGGGUUGGAAGCGCUUUGCCUUAAUGUGCUUGAUUUUGAUUGCUUCCCUUUUUGAAUUGGGAUAAACUGAUCUUGAAAUUCUUUGAUGCUUAAACUAAAGUUGCUUAAUAUGACAAUUUUGUUUGCAGUA